GUGAAUACUCAGCCCUGUGACGUCAGACCCAGAAGUACCUUAUUAGUGUCAGCAGAAGAAGCGGAGGGAGCGCACAGAAUGGGAAAGCUGUACCAGGUCGUGGUUUCUGGAGUGAGGGGUGGGAAGGUGACCGUCGACCUGAGCAACACUGAGGAGCAGUUCAAGAGCAUGACAGUGGAGCAGCUGAGGGAAAAAAUAAGACAGAAGUUUCCAGAAACUGCAGAUGGGAAUCUGCGGCUGAUAUUCACAGACAAGAAUCUGGAUGAAGAUAAGAAGGCGCUGUCUGACUAUGGAAUCCAGCAUAUGUCUGUUAUCCAAGUAGUGCUGAGACUUCCCGGAGGACUUAAAGCCUGAGCGAGACAGGCUCCACCUACAGCUGCCAAUGCCGUUGACGCUACGUGAAAGCUCUCGCAACUGUUUACAUAUAUUUAAGCCUUGUUUUAAAUCACUUCUGAUACACUCACUUUUCACUGAUGAAUAAAAUAAAACUGUAUUAUUUCAA